AUGUCGGCCUAUGACACCUCCCCAAAUAUGGUAGUCAUUGCCAACUCGGGCAUUGAAGUCCCCGACGCACGCCAGCAAAUAGUUCGCACCCAGGACUCUGUCUACUCCCCUCAACAGCUGACGUGUAGCGUCCCGCAAGGCACCAAAAUUGGUUAUCUUUGCUUUCUGGUGGUCAUCAACAACGCCAUCAUGGACACACCGCAUCGCUGGAAAUACGUUGACGACUGCAACUUGGGCUUCCCCGUCAAGAACAGGGCUCCUGACUAUGCACCUCUUCAAGCGUCGCUCGACAAUCUUCAGGCAUGGACAGUGGACAACGGUGCCACAAUCAACCACACCAAGACCGUGGUGAUGCACGUCUGCACCUCCAAAAGAGAUAUGCCACCUCCGCAGCUGUCAAUUGGCUUACAACACCUCCAGCUUGUCCAGUCCACCAAACUACUCGGCAUUACUAUGGACAACUCGCUCAACUGGAAGCUCCACACUACAAGGAUAGCUCACUGGAACGUCAUCGAUGAUGUCAUGACUGCGUAA